AUGAUAGCUUUACUUUUCUUUCUUCUUUUUAUGGUGUCUGUGAAAUCAAAAGAGCUCUCUGGACAAGAGUUGCUCGAUUUUCGAUACGGUGUCAUGGAUGUGAAAUACAUUCAGAUUCCCGAGGGCGCACCGACUCUUGAGCCAAAACUCUUCAAAAUGCUCCUUAAAGAGGAGAUUCCCGAAUUCUUCGAUGCUCGACAGAAAUGGCCGAAAUGUAAUUCAAUUGGGUGGAUUCGAGAUCAAUCAAAUUGUGGCUCUUGUUGGGCUGUGGCGGCGGCUGAGGUGGCCUCGGAUCGAAUGUGCAUCAAUCCACCGUACUACUCUAUGAUGCUCUCAUCUGAAGAUAUUCUCUCAUGUUGUGGCCGUCAGUGCUAUCAACAGGAGGCCUGUCAGGGUGGUUAUCCAUUUGCGGCGAUGAAUUGGUGGAAGACGAACGGGAUCGUCACCGGCACCGAGUACACCGAUCACCAGGGUUGUCGUCCAUACUCGAUCCGUCCAUGCCCGGGUUGUUCCAUUCGAUCCGCUCCAAGAUGUCAACAACAAUGUCAACAAAGCUAUCCGAGAAACUACACACAGGAUAAAUACUUUGCCGAGAAAGCCUAUUAUGUGCCUGGAGAUGUGACAACGAUUCAACGAGAGAUCCUUGCACAUGGACCUGUGGAAGCCGCCUUCAGGCUUUUUCAGGAUUUUUAUUAUGUUGGAAAGAGAAUCUAUCAUCACACUUGGGGUCAGCAAGUUGGCGGGCAUGCGGUGAAGAUUAUUGGAUGGGGAGUUGAGGGUCAAGUCCCAUAUUGGCUAGUGGUGAACUCAUGGGGAACCGGCUGGGGCGAUCAGGGACUCUUCCGAAUCCUUCGCGGAAACAACGAGUGCGGCUUUGAGGCUGGAAUUGUGGCCGCUCUGCCGAGAAGU